CAAGACCCUUAUCAGCAUUAAAAUCUCUCAAGACCCACAUCCAGUCCCUACAAUGAAGAUGAGGACACUCUCCGAACCAUCUCCUUCUACCCGAAAAACCGCUCUUACACUCUCUCCAUUCCUAUUCAUCACUCUCCUUUGCAUCUUUUCAUCCACAAACAAGAUCCAAUUCCAUAAUCUAUCCAACAUCACCCAAUCCAAUACCUCCAUCCAUUUCCAAUCCCCUCCACACUCCACUCUCCGUCUUCUCAUCGGAGUCCUAACCCGACCAGACCACUACGAACGCCGCAACCUCCUCCGCCUUGUCCACGGCAUCCAAUCCCCCAAAAAUGCCCAAGUAGACCUAAAGUUCGUAUUUUGUAACCUCACCAAAGAAGAUCAAACGGUCCUCGUUGCACUCGAGAUCAUGCACCACAACGACAUCAUCAUCCUCAAUUGCACCGAGAACAUGAACGCCGGCAAGACCUACACUUACCUAUCUAGCCUGCCCAACAUACUCGAUAAGAUCGACGGUCAUGAUUAUCCGUACGAUUACGUAAUGAAAGCCGACGACGAUAUUUAUUUUAGGUUGGAUCCGUUGGUAGAAUCGCUAAUCCCAUUGCCAAGGCAAGAUAUGUACUAUGGUUUUGUAAUCCCAUGUCGUGAAAUGGACCCGAUCGGGCAUUACAUGUCGGGCAUGGGGUAUGUUCUCUCAUGGGAUUUGAUUGAAUGGAUAGGAUCGUCCGAGAUUGCCAAGAAUCAUUCGGUGGGCCAUGAAGAUAAAGUCGUUGGAGAAUGGUUACAGGAAGGUGGACGUGGGAAGAACCGGUACAAUGCGAAGCCAGCGAUGUACGACUAUCCACUCAACGUUAGUAGGGAUGCAUGCUCGCAUGAGUUCGUGGCGGAGACGAUCGCCGUCCAUCGGCUUAAAGAUCAGGGGAAGUGGAUCCGGACCUUGCAGUAUUUCAACGUCACUGAUCAGCUCAAACCAUCUAAAAUGUAUCGUAUCCGUUGA